CUAAUCAAGAGGGCGACGCGCCACAUCGCCUUUCCCAAGACACGCCUCACGCACGCACAGCUAGCGCUGCCAUACUCCAGUCUGCCACCGCCCUCCGCCCCUCUAUUCUAUUUUGUUCCCUUCCCUUCCGCCAAGCCAAAGCCCAGCCCAGCCAAGAAGAAGAGAAGAGAAGACAACUCGCUCGCUCGUUCGCUCGCGCUCCCAUCCCGACGCACGCCGCCCGCCGCCUCGAGGAGCGAACGAGGCACCGCGUCCCCCACCUCGACCCGAUCCAUGGCUUCCGCUGCGGCGUCGCGCCCCCCGGCCCCGCCGCCGCCGCCUCCCCCGCCCCCGCCGUCGGCCGCGAUGCAGUGGCUCGGCCCGCGCGUCUCCUUCAGCCUCGAGGACGCCGGCGGGUGCGCGGCCGCGGGGGGUGCGGGAGCGGGGAAGGCGAGCGCCGACUUCGAGUUCCUGCUCGCCGGGUGCUCCGCCGUGUCCACCAUGCUCCCCGCCGACGAGCUCUUCUCCGGGGGCAAGCUCGUGCCGCUCCGCCUCCCGUCUUCGAGCGGCUGUUCGUCGGAGGUGGUGGUGACCACGCGGCCUCCGCCGGCGCCGGCGACGACAACGCAGCAGCAGCAGCCCGAGACGCCGAGGGCGGAGGAGGAGACGAAGGAGGCGGUGGUGGAGGCGGAGCAGGCGGCGGAGGAGCCCAAGGUUCCGGCCAGGAGGUGGAGGGACCUGCUCCGGAUGCGGAAGCAGCAGGCGUCGUCGUCGUCCUCCUCGUCCACAGAGACCAAGCAGCCGCUCCGCCGCCUCCUCCGCCGCGGGCCGAAGCCGCCCGAGCAGGAGCCGUCCCUCAGCCUCCCGCUCCUCCGCGACCCCAACGAGCCCGCGCCGGCACCCGCAUCGGCCCCAACUCCAUCACCGACCCCGCCGCCUCCCGUCAGCACGUCGCAGCACCAGCUGCCGCCCAAGAUCCGGCUCACGGCGGCGCAGGCGGCCGCGCCGCCACCCCCGCCUCCGCCUCCUCCGCCUCCCCCCUCCGCCGUGGCCGCCGACAGCCCGCGCCUGAACGCGGCCGGCAAGGUGGUGUUCAACGGGCUGGGCCGCAGCUCCAGCAGCCCGAGCAGCCUGGCGGGCGGGCGGCGCCACCGGUCCGGCUCCGGCGGCAGCGGCAUGGAGCGGUCCUACUCGGCGCACGUGCGCGUGACGCCGGUGCUGAACGUGCCCGUCUGCCGCAAGUCCGUCUCCGUGUUCGGCAUCGACCGGCUCUUCUCCCCGUCGUCCGCGUCCACCGCCGCCGCCGCCCACGCCGCCGCCAAGAAGCAGGGGAAGGUGGCCAAGAAGGAGGCAACCGCACCACCACCACCACCAUCCUCCUCGCAUUAACGUUCGUGUCUGUCCAUCUCGGCAUCAUCAUCAUGGAACAUGAUACCACCCCACCGCCAUUGAUGAGCUUCAGACGGCUCCUAUUAAUCCUACUGUUUUUGGGUGACGCUUAAUUAGGCGUUUUUAUUCGGAAAUUAAGCUUAGCUCCAGGAUAGUCUCGAUUUCUUGCGUGAGGACAAGUAACUUUGGGAUGUAAAUACAGGCGAGACGGUGAUCCGGCGAGUUCUUCUUUUUGCUGGUGAGAAAGUAGUGGUGGUGGUUGUGAUGAACCCGGCCGUUGAUGCGAACCCGUUGAUGCAUGAUGAUGAGGUUA